CUACACACGGUAGUUGUACUGGAUCCUUCCUUCCUUUGGUCGCUGAAAAGAAAGAAAUGAGAAAGUGUUGAAAUCUUCUUGCUGCAAUUCUUUCACCAAAAUCCAUUUCAAUUCAAUAUCGUUCUUCGUUCCUUUGCAACCAAAUGAUCCGAUUCAUUCUGUUACAGAACAGGCAGGGUAAGACCCGUUUAGCCAAAUACUAUGUUCCUCUCGAAGAUUCCGAGAAGCAUAAGGUCGAAUACGAGGUUCAUCGUCUUGUCGUUAAUAGAGAUCCCAAAUACACUAACUUUGUUGAGUUUCGUACACACAAGAUAAUAUACAGGAGAUAUGCUGGAUUGUUUUUCUCACUUUGUGUUGACAUUACUGAUAAUGAAUUGGCUUAUUUAGAGUGCAUUCAUUUGUUUGUUGAAAUCUUGGAUCACUUCUUCAGCAAUGUUUGCGAACUUGAUUUGGUUUUUAACUUCCACAAGGUCUAUCUUAUACUUGAUGAAUUCAUUCUAGCGGGUGAAUUGCAAGAAACAAGCAAGAAGGCUAUCAUUGAGAGAAUGGGGGAACUUGAAAAACUAGAGUGAAACUUUACAUUUCAGCAGAGUCACAACGGCUUGGAGAUUCGGAUGAUUUGCUCUUGCACUUGGCACGUUUCUUGUAUUUUAAUUGUGAUACAGAGUUUUGAUUUUUUCUCUCUUGAGCCAUGUAUUAUGUACACUACAAAGGCUUCUUAAUUGUCUUGUGUUAAUAUAUUGUAGACAUUCACAAAUUCAAGGUUUUUAGCAACAUUUAUUCA